CAUUUCCAGGUACUGGGCCGCGAAAAAUCCCGAUUUACCUGUUAUUGUGCGCGCAUAUUGUUUGGCGGCAUUCUGAGUUUUCGAAAAAUGUGAUAAUAAUACGAAAUUGUUUCGUUCCGCGUUAAUUUUUGAUAUAUUUGAAUGAUGACUGGCGCCGACGACUACCUAAAAGAAAUAAUCCGGUUGCAAUUGAAAAAACCGAAAAAUUGGCGGUGGGAACUGUCGACGUCCAAGUCGUCGCCUCACAUAGCGAUGCCGACCAUCCAACUAUACAACUCCAAAGGUCAUCUCAUCGUGGAAACCAACGACAAGGGGGGCACCAAAAGGCAGACUUGGCACAGCUCGCGGUUUGACGAAGAGCCGCCCCACGUGAGGAAGAGACCAGUGACAUACCUGCAGAGAUGCCGUAGCGAUGAUCUGGAACGUAAAAUAUGUUCACCCAGGCGGAUAAACGGCGUUAAAUUCAAUAAAACGGACAAAACGGAUGUUGCGUCGGGAAAAUGGGAUAAAAGCGGGGAGAAGUCGCCAGGUGCUAAACGCGAUUACCAGCCAAAAAAAGAUCCGAAACAACCCGACAGCAAUACCGGUCCAGGAACGUGCGGCGGGGAGGGGGCGUAUCGGCUGCAAAAGUCGCGCAGCGACAUCUUGGGCGGAAAAGGGAAUCAACAGGCAACAACCCAACAUCCCAAAAGAUUCCUAUCCGACGCGGCAGGUGCGAGAAGACAGCGUCACAGUCGUUCUGCGAGCGAUGACUUAUUCAAAAAAAUGGCGAAAUAUAAAGAGGAAAGUCUGAAACGUGCGGAAAUAGAUGGAUUCCGAAAGUUUAUUGUAACGGACGAUAUCCCGUUGGAUCCCGCGGGAGCCACCAAUAAAAAGAAAAACCCCACGUAUUGUUUGGCCACCGCUGAAACGGUGUUCUGUGACAACAGGCCUAAGCAUAUGGAGAUAACCGACGUGAAGGAAAAAAAAUACAAACUGCGUCAAAGUCGUGCCGGCAUUUUGGUAAUCAGCGACGAGAGUUUCAGUUCGAAUCAUAGGCGGAGAUGUCACGGCGAAUACGGAAGUCGUCGGGAAAGCAACGAGAAAGAAAACCCCGAUACUUUUCAGCCAUUGUCCGAUCCAGUUGAAAGUAAUUUUCGUUGCGCAGUACGGAGGUCCAGGUCCGAGAAAAAUGACGUAGAAAAGAGCCUCAGCAAGAAGAUGGCCAAAUACACUCGACAAUCUAGCGAUCCCAAUGCUAUCCAAGCGAGAUGGUCCCCCAAACGUAUCCAGAAACUUGAAACUUUUUGCAGAGAACGGCCUGUCCACUCCAAAACAAUCGCUUCGCUUUGUUCCAAAAGCGACGUCUUUUCAUGCGACGCCCUAUUCAUCGACGAUGCCAACGUCAAAAUGGACGUCAACUGUAAUUAUAUCGUCCAAGAACCCCUGACGACCCCCAACAGUGACACCGCGCCAGUAAUGGUCGAGAAAAACGUACGGAAACGGUUAGGACGCAAGAAAAUUAGACGCGUCAGCGACGAUUCGACCUCUAGCGGCACGACGGGACACCAAAAAGGUCACAUAAUCCGAGCCCCGAAAGCCAGAGGCGCCGCCCCCCAAGUGACCGACUGUGACUUGCUGCGAUUGGCGCGUCAUCUUUCGUCGUUGGAAGCGGACGAUGACGACGUACCAUGCGGCAGCGAUAAGCGAGACCGGUGUGGCGACUACGAUCACCAUGUGAGUAUGGGUGCCAACGUCAGCAGGCACUCCAGCAAGGGGCUGUCUGGACGUCGAUCCCAGUCGAGCGGCAGCAUUUGCAACAGCAAAGGCGGCAGGCAGGCGGGCGAUGGCAGCAAAUGCGGCGGCAGCCUGCCCAGCUACCUCGACGAUAACGAGUCCACGUACAAUAACAACCAUCAGAAUGAGUGCCAGAAGCAGCCAAUCGAUGAGGUUGACAGGAUUCCGCCCUUGGGAGACGGGGCUCCGCUACACUGGAAAUUCUCCGAUACCCAGACUGCCCUUUGCCAAGAUCAGGGGUACGGUUCGGAAAGGUCCCCCGAAGAGGAGUACCCUCCGCCGCUUCCCGAUCAUAACCUCGAUCUCGAGCAGUGCCACCAUCACCUAGAACCGCACACGUGCUAUCCUUUCAUCACUCCUGAAAGCACGUUCACCGUGAAACUCACCAAAGGCUCACGCGGCUUGGGCUUGAGCGUCACCGGUGGAAUUGACUGCGUCGGCUCAUGGCCGGGCCUCGUCCGCAUCAAAAGACUGUUCCCCCAUCAACCGGCCUUCUCCUGCGGCUUACUCAACGUCGGCGACUUGCUCCUGGAAGCCAACGGCGUUUCGCUCACCGGUCUAACCAAUUACGAAGCGCUUGAAGUGCUGAGAACGGCCGCUAACCAAGUAGAGUUGAGGGUCUGCAGACCGCCUCCCGAUGUGCUCAACUGCGUCAGCCCGAUAUCCGAGGUUCCCCCACCGCCACCGACGAGGCGGGAACCACCGAACAGCCUGAACCUUCCUCCGGUUUGCUUCGGCACCACACCAGAGGACGAAUAUUAUCAUGGGGAAUUCGAGGUGACUUUGACGAAGAUCCAGGGAUCUCUGGGGUUUACGUUAAGGAAGGAGGACGAUAGCGCGUUAGGGCAUUACGUUAGAGCUCUGGUCCGGGAACCAGCUCUAACAGAUGGCAGGAUAAGGGCGGGCGAUAAAAUCAUAGCCGUAAACGACGUAGAAAUAUCCCCGAUGACCCACGAACAGGCCGUUCAAUAUCUGAGGCAGUGCGGGGACAAGGUGAAAUUACGACUGUACAGGGACUCGGCUCAGACUCCGGUGGCCGCGCUGUCUCCGACGGAGACGACGCCGAGAACAUCGUUUUCGAGGAAAGCCAAUUUGAGGCAAGAGGCGGUCGACAUGUUGAACGACAUCGCGGUCAGGAAGCUCAUCCCCGGGGGCGGCCACGAGUCGACCAACCACCACCACCACCGGUCGCUUUCACCGAACUCGUCACCGCGACGCUUACGACGCCACGGCCACGCGGCGGCCGAAACGUCAUACGAUCCGUCCGCCAAAUACACGGUACCGGAGGAAUCAUUCCACGAGGGGCUCCUUCAAAAAUGUCCCCAUUACGACGACGACGCCUUCAACUCGUUAUUCUCGAUCGAGUCGGACGACAUGGACAAACCCUCACGGCCCAGUUCUUUAGACUUGUAUAAUCCGAAUCAAACUCCAGUGGCGGCGAGAAAACCCCGAUUCAAUUUUUCCCUGGCCCACAACGCGUACGAGCUGAAUAACUUGGACGCCGAAGUCCUCGACGCGCCGAAUUUGACGUACAAUCUGGGGACGGACGAAGACGGUAACGUGCACGCGGAUACCGGCGACGAUUUCCCCAAAGAACCGGCCAGCAUGCCGCACAUUCCUCUAGACAAUUAUUCGAAACCGUUCAGCUACAAACAUCCGGCGUAUCAGUCUGCGCAUCCGCCGUGCGGCAGCGAAACGUCCGAUGGCCGUAGCAGCAGCUCGAAAACUAGCGAACAGUCUGAGGAUAGCGGUACUCUGAAGAGGAAAACGUCGGCUAUAAGGAGAGAGCCGCCCCCAGCUAGGAACGACACCCGCGACGUGAAACCGCAUCAGGAAAACUACGAGAUCCUGGCGAUUGAACUGAACAGAGGUUGGAACAGCAGGUUAGGAUUUAGCCUUCAGGGGGCAGCUGGAGUCACUUACGUCAGUGCAGUUCACGCUGACAGCGUGGCCGCCAAAGAUGGAAGGAUUAGGCCAGGGGAUGUGCUUUUAAAAGUCAACGACGAAAGUGUGGAACACCUGAGCACCAAUGAAAUAAUAGAUUUACUUCGAAUAGUUAGAGGUCCAGUUUGUAUAGUUGUAAAAAGAAUCAAAUCUAAUGAAGACUGUCCAAAAAGCAAUGCAGAGAAUUGAAUUAAUAGUACAAGAACAAUAUACCAGUUGUCUCGGUCGUUUUUCAACAGUAUUUGCGGAAAAUUUUUGUUCGACAAUGACCGAGAUAUCGCAAUUAUUGUGUCCUGACACUGUAGGUAAACAAUCUGCUUCGUUACGUUUCCGCUUUUCGAGUGAGAAUGACGCGCCCUGAUUAAAAUUGUCGCCUCAAGACUUAAAUGUGUGUUUGGUUGUUUUCCUUGCCCUACCAUAGGAGUUCUGCAAGUGUGUGAUGAAAAAGUAUGGUUAAAAGGGUGUCGGUACGCUGUUUGUUGAAAUUAUUUCUAUAAACUCUUAUACGGGGUGAUACACGAUUAUAAAAAUUUUUCGCAAAUUAUUUUGAUGUUGGAUAUUUGAAAUAACACAGAUUUUCAUACCAAAUUUCAAAUACAUUAUUACAAAAAUAUGGUUGCAUCGUGAACCACCCCGUAUAUAUCAUAGCGUUGUAAUUAUGUAAGUAUAAGAGUUGUGAUAGUUCUUGAAAUUUCCUGCAUAUAUUGUGAUUAAAAGUUAGGUUAGUAAAUUCGUUUCUUCCGGCCGUUAAAAUGGCUGUAGCAAAAUACGAACUUUCAAUGAAAACGAGGUCAAUAAUGCCGGAGGUCCGGGACGGAACUUAAAAAAAUAUUUUGCUCCAACCACUAAGCUAGUCUGUAAAAUAGUUUUAAAAAAAUGGACUUGUCGAGGUUUACAAUGUAUUAUAUCCUUAAAGGUGGAUACAGAAAGGACACCAUCCAUUUCCACCGAAAAUUUCCAGUAAAAUAAUUUGCAUCAAACCUUUGUGUAUCCAUCGCCACUAAUCUGAAUGGAUGUAAUUAAAAUUAAAUGCAAAAUCCGUUUAGGAAAAUUUAAGCUAUAUAUACAUAAAUAGUGCAGUAUUUACUUUGUAAAUGUAACCAAGGCACUUAACUAAGAAUCAAAUUACAUUCUAAAUUUUUGCCUGAAUAGAUAUUGUCGUUAUUUUUUUUAAAACGGAAUCAAAAUGUAAAUCAACUUAGCAAUAUUGUCGAUGUUGUAGGCAAAUUAAAACCAAAAUAAAUAAAUUUAUUCGAAUCAAUAUUGGCGUACAAUCUCUCUCUUGUUUCGCUAAAUCAAAAAAAAGUCAAUUUUAAAUAUUUAAGUAUAAGAUUUAAUUUUGAAGUUAUAGUGUCGCUAAAUCGUUAGUGCAAUCAAUGUACAUUUCGUUUUAAUUUUUUAUGUGUUUUACUGCAAGUUUCUUAUACACAUCGUGUGCUUACACUAAAAUUGGCGGCAUCAUUAUUUCAAAAAAUGGACUAUUCAAAAACUUUUACUUCCAACCCCAAACAUAUAUUUGAAGACUUUUUAGAGGUGGUUUUCCAAAUAAUCCUGAUUCAGAAUUAAAUUAUAUAAAAAAAACACUUGCCGUCAAUGUAACUAUGCACAGGUAUAUACUUUGUAAUUCGUUCUCAUGAGCGUUAUUUCUAUUGAUUUUUAUUAUUUUUUAAUUAAUUUUUAUCCUGAUUUAAGAACCAAAGACAAGAGAAGAAAAUAAAGAGUAUUAAAAACA